AUGGGGAAACAGCGACCUCCACGCCCCUCGGCUGGGUCUUCUUACAGACCAGCUCGUGCUGAGUAUGAUUCCUAUCGCCCACGACAAGAUCGAACCCGCGAGACGCAACGGCGCAGCGACCCCAGACAGACCUCCCCACGACGUCAUCCACCCAAUCUCCCCCCCGUCCGGUCUGCGGUCUCGAAAACAAAACAUGAACGAUCCACAAAUCCCUCAACCAGGAUACACUCUCUGCGCCGGUUGUUGACCUCACAACAAGACCUGCCUGGUACUGUGCGACAAGAGAAGGAGCGUGAACUAGCUGCUUUGCUCUUUGACCAAAGAAAAGCACUCCUCACACAAAAUGCUCGGAAGAAUCUACAACGCUACCAUUUUGUCCGCUUCAUGGAGCGAAAGAAGGCGGAAAGAGCACUGAAGCAGUUGUUGAGGCAACGAGACUCUGAACAAGCUUACAACACUGAACUUGAGAAACUGAUUCACAUUGCCGAGGUGGACAUUAAUUACACCAAGUACGCACCGUUGGGAGAGAAGUACAUCAGCCUGUUUGUUCAGGAGGGCAAAAAAGAAAGGCAGGAUAGACCAAAAAUAAAUAAGACAGAGAUGGCGACAUAUGACGCAAAUCAGCGAAGUGAGAUCCUCCAACUCGCCGAUCAACUGAGCAAUGUCGUCCGAUCUGCAUCCGGUGCUAAACCACCAAUGUGGUAUAAGGUCGAGAAGCUGAUGGACGAAGGGGAGGCCAAACUGGAAGCCCUACGCGAUGGCAAGCUGACCACCGACAAGCAACUUCAAAAGGAGCUGGCUGCAAUUGGUGGAAAGCAAGAGGCUGAAAUGCGCAGUGCACAUGGAAACCAACUGCAAGAGACGAAGCCGUCCUGGCUCGAUGACGAUGGUAUCAUUGAUCCAGCGGAUCUGGACAGUGACCAGGAUGAUGAUAUGAGUGACGGUGGCUUUUUCGAACGCUGA